AUGGUCAGCCUCACCACUUCGGACAACGAGCAGUUCACGGUUGAUCGCGAUGUCGCCGAGCGUUCGGUGCUCAUCAAGCAAAUGCUCGAAGACAUCGGAGACACGGAACAACCGAUUCCCCUCGUGAAUGUGUCUUCCAACGUGCUCAAAAAGGUCCUCGAGUACUGCUCUCAUCACCGCAACGACCCACCCGCACCUGCGGACGACGCAGAAGAAUCGCGCAGACGUACAACCGAUAUCUCGGACUGGGACGCCAAGUUCAUUCAAGUUGACCAGGAGAUGCUCUUCGAAAUCAUCCUGGCAGCAAACUACCUCGACAUCAAGCCUCUCCUCGAUGUCGGUUGCAAGACUGUCGCCAACAUGAUCAAGGGUAAGACCACCGAGGAGAUCCGAAAGCUGUUCAACAUCCAGAACGACUUCUCGCCAGAGGAGGAGGCACAAAUCCGAAAGGAGAACGAAUGGGCCGAGGAUCGUUGA